AUGACCGUGCGAGAGAAAGGGGCUUGGUGUCCAGAAAGUAGGAGUUCAUGCAAGAGGACGAUAUUUGUCCAGCUGGUAUUGGUGCUGCUUCCUCAGACAGCGUGCAGCGUUCAUGUUUGCAAAUGUACCUGUCAGCCUCUUUUUGUUCGUCACAAAUACUAUCAAUCAGGAGAUCUCAUCAUUGCUGCCAUUAUUUCUCAGAUCUACAUGUCUUCCAAGGAGAUAAUAUUUGAAAAACAACCUUUUCAGGAACUGUUUGAUGAACUCAUCUAUUUCCUUGCAAGCUGGACCCAUCGUGCCUCAAUGGAAAUUCUCUCCUCAUGGGGCAGUUUCAUCCCUAACUACAAAUGUGAUCAGAAGAACAAUCUGGUGGCAGUCAUUGGAGGACCUAAUUCGGAUGUCUGCACCUUCAUGGCAACCAUCCUCUGUGUGUACAAGAUUCCACAGCUCAUAUAUGGCUCUUCUCCAAUGAUGAAUAUCCAAGCUGUUUUCUUCCACCGGAUGUUUCCAAAUGGUAUCCACCAAUAUAUGGGCAUUCUGCAGCUCCUGCAGCAUUUUGGGUGGAUAUGGAUUGGAGUGAUUUAUAUAAAUGAUGACAAUGGAGAGAGGUUUGUGCGGGAUGAGCUUCCCGUGUUUUCCCAAAGAGGCAUCUGUUUUGACUUUAUGAAAAGAUUGCCCCAAAUAACUUCGUCCAGCAAAGUUGAUGAAAUGGUGGAGGAGGCAGUUGAAACGUAUCAUGUUGUCAAAGGAAGCACUGCCAAUGCGGUGGUUGUACAUGGUGAAAUUCAGACCAUGAUAAUUUUGAGGAUUUUGCACCAGAUUUCAGAAUUUAGGGAUCAAGGGAUGGUAAACAGAAGUAAAGUGUGGAUUAUGACGGCCCAGAUGGAUUUUACUUCACUCGCAUUUCAAAGAGAUUGGAGCGUACACUUCCUCCAUGGUGCCAUCUCUUUUGCGGUCCACUCAAAAGAUGUGUCAGGAUUCAAGGACUUUCUUCAGAUCAGAAACCCUACCUUAAAUAAAGAGGAUGGCUUUAUCCGGGACUUCUGGCAAUAUGCGUUCAAUUGUUAUUUUCCCAGUUCCACAAUAGAUACACAGUCUGAGAAAGCCUGCACUGGGGAGGAAAAUCUAGAGACUCUUCCUGGGUCCAUCUUUGAAACGAGCAUGACCAGCCACAGCUACAACAUCUACAUUGCCGUUUAUGCUGUGACGCAUGCAUUGCAUGCCAUGCAUUCAUACAAAUAUAAGCAUAAAGCAGUGGCUGACUCAAGAAAACUGAAGGUUCUGAACCAUCAUUCAUGGCAGUUUCACCAGUUUCUGAGGAGGGUCUCAUUUAACAGCAGUAGCGGCGAAAAGGUUUCCUUUGAUCAAAAUGGGAACGUGGUAGCUGGAUUUGACAUUAUCAACUGGGUGACGUUCCCAAACCAGUCCUUCCAUAGAGUCAAAAUUGGUCAGCUAGACCUGAAUUCUUGCCCAGAAAAAGCAUUUGUGAUUCAUGAGGAUGCCAUCACAUGGCCACACAGGUUUAACCAGGCACAGCCGCUUUCUCAGUGUAAUGAAAAUUGCAAUUUUGGACAUAGUAAGAAGAAGAAGGAAGGGAAGCCAUUUUGUUGUUACGAUUGCCUGCCAUGCCCAGAGGGAAAGAUUUCAAACUGGAAAGACAUGGAUGUCUGUUUCGAAUGUCCCAAAGAUCAUUAUCCAAACAAAGACCAGGAUUCAUGCCUUCCAAAAGAGAUCAGUUUUUUGACUUAUGGGGAACCUUUGGGCACCCUUCUGGCUAUCGUAGCUCUUUUCUUUUCUUUCAUCACAGUGUUGGUGCUUGGGAUCUUCAUCAAGCACCACGACACUCCCAUAGUCAAAGCCAACAACCAGAAUUUGACCUACUCCCUCCUCCUCUCCCUCCUCCUCUCCUUCCUUUGUGCUUUGCUAUUCAUCGGGCAGCCUGGGAAGGUGACCUGUCUCCUUCGACAAACGGCUUUUGGCAUCAUCUUCUCGGUUGCCGUCUCCUGCGUGUUGGCCAAAACAAUCACUGUGGUUCUUGCCUUCAUGUCUACCAAGCCAGGAUCCAGAAUGAGAAAAUGGGUGAGGAAAAGGCUGGCCACUGCCAUUAUUAUUUGCUGCUCCCUCAUUCAAGCCACUCUUUGUACUUUGUGGCUGGCAACUUCUCCUCCAUUUCCAGAUUUUGACAUGCAUUCAGUGACUGAAGAAAUUGUACUGGAAUGUAAUGAAGGAUCGGUCACCAUGUUUUACUGUGUCUUGGGAUUCUUGGGGUUCCUGGCCGUUGUCAGCUUCACUGUGGCUUUCCUAGCCAGAAAGUUACCUGACAGUUUCAAUGAAGCCAAGUUCAUCACCUUUAGCAUGUUGGUCUUCUGCAGCGUUUGGGUGUCCUUUGUUCCCACCUACCUGAGCACCAAAGGGAAAUACAUGGUGGCCGUGGAGAUCUUCUCUAUUUUAGCCUCCAGUGCUGGCUUACUCUGUUGCAUCUUCUUCACCAAAUGUUAUAUCAUUGUACUGAGACCUGACUUGAACAAAAAGGAAAAACUAAUAAAGAGAAAUAAAUAA